AUGCCGUCAACAGUGUCCGAAAGCACCAUCAGCAUCGGCUACCCGGAGUCGGACAUGUCCAAGGACGACAUCAUCGCCGACCUCCGCCGCCAGCUCCAGGAGGCCUCGCUCAGCAGCGCCGCGUCCAGCGCCGGCGAGUCGGUGGGCCGCGGCAGCAGCAGCAGCAGCUCGCGCGGCCGCCGCCGCAGGAGAAACAGGAACCGCGGCGGCGUCGACGGCAACGGCGCCAACGCCGUCAGCACCGCCCUCACCACGCACUUUGCCAGCCAGAGGAAUUUCCGGCCAAACCCCCACCACCACAACCAGCAGCAGCAGCAACAACAGCAGCAGCAAUAUCACGCACCGCCGCCGCACGAGUAUCAGCAGCAACAGGCUGCCCCGAUACAUCCGGGAGGCGCCCCCGCCCAGACGGCCGAGAAGAAGAAGGGGGUCCCGCGUCUGCAGCUGGGGCUCAACCUCAACGUCGACCUCGAGCUCAAGGCACACCUCGAAGGCGAGUUGACAAUCGCUCUACUACCCACGUCUUCCACCGAGCUCAAGCUCGUCCCCUCGCCCUCGCUCCUCCGGGAAGGCGGCUGCGCGCGCGGUGUCACGACCACGGGCGGCCGCGAGGUCUUCUUCAUGCGCGUCGGCCGCCUGCGCCUCGCCCGGCGCUGGCUCGACGGCACGGGCCCCGCCGCCCUCAUCGUCGCCGUCGCCGCCCUCGGCUUUGCGGCCGGCUACGUAACCGCCAGUCAGCGGAUCCUGCCGGAUCACCAUCACUGCCACGCGCCGCCCUCGUUCUCGUUCCCCUCCUCCUCCUCCUGUCUCGGCCUGGCGACGGUGCCACUGUCAACACAGCCGCCGCCUCUGCUGUCCUCGGCUUUUCUUGCUGGGUAG